CAUUUUAAUUAACACACGUUAUUGAUGUCUCCAUUGACAGUGUGUUUACAGUGUGUGUGAGAGACAUAAACAACAAUAGCUUAAGACAAUAAUUGUCACCUAAAAAAAAACAGUAGAUCCCAUAGUAAGACAAACAUAGUAAGUCUCAAUCAAUUGUGCGGGUGAUAUACCACACUGUAUACCACAUCAUCAUCAUCAUCAUGGCAUCAUCGGCAGCGGCGGCUGCUUCGGCCGCCGGCGGAAGCAGUGGCGGCGAUAAUCAGGACGAAGACGCCAGCGAAUUGCAAUUUCCCAAAGAGUUUGAAUCGGCUGAGACUCUGCUGGUAUCUGAAGUAGAUAUGCUUCUCGAACACCGAAAACAACAGAACGAAUCCCAAGAAGAAGAACAAGAAUUGUCCGAAGUAUUCAUGAAAACUCUCAGUUAUUGUCAACGUUUUUCCCGUUACAAGAAUCGGGAAACCAUUGCCGCCGUACGUAGUCUAUUGACACAGAAAAAGUUGCAUAAGUAUGAGUUGGCACAGUUGGCCAAUUUGUGUCCGGAAACACCCGAAGAAGCUAAAGCAUUGAUACCCAGUCUGGAGGGCCGCUUUCAGGACGAAGAGCUUCGCCAUAUACUCGACGACAUUCAAACACAAAGAAGUUUACAAUACUAAGAGAGAGAGAGAGAGAGAGAGAGCUGUCGUUGUGGUUGUUGUUGUUGUAGUAGUUUUUUUCGGGUGACAACUAUUUUUUGAAGACACCAUUUGAAGUACAUUUUAAUGAUCACAACAUUCAAUAUAUAUAUAACUUAUAUUUUUUUUGC